AUGGCGUCGACCUCGGGUCCGACACCGAACACGACGGCGUUCCCCGUGUCGCAAUCCUCGGUGCCGGCGACGUUGACGACUGACCUUGAGAAGAUCGACACGGACCUGCUCGAGCGCAACCUGGAGGCCCUGAUCGAGCCGCCGGCAAAUGCCUUCUUCACGAACUGGGCGCGCACGUUCGAGUGCCGUCCCGAGCGAGUAUACGCCCCGCGAACGCCGGAACAGUGUCGCCAGAUUGUCGAGCUCGCCCGAAGACUAGGCAAGAGCCUGCACCCCGUCGGCGUGGGACACUCCCCGUCCGACCUGGGAUGCACGAACGGGUGGCUCGUGCGCAUGGAGGGCGUGAAUGGCGCGCUACAGAUUUCCGCCAAGAACGAGACGGCAAACUUCCGUGCCGGCACGACGCUGCAUGCCGUGCAUGCGGCGCUGAUGAAGAACGACCCGCCGCUCGCGCUGCGCAACCUCGGCUCGAUCUCUGACCAGACGAUUGCCGGCCUGAUCUCGACGGCGUCGCACGGUUCCGGCGUCCAGUAUCCCGUCGUGAGCGAGGACGUCGUCUCGCUCCUGCUCGUCCUGCCGCUACCUGGUGCGCCUGUUGUGCGCGUGUCUCGCUCUCAAGACCCUGAGCUGUUCCGCGCUUCGCAGUGCGGUUUAGGUGCGACUGGCCUCAUCCUCGAGGUCGAAAUGCGCGUUGAGCCGUCAUACCGGCUCAAGGAGGUCAAGGAGGGCCGGCCGGUGGACGAGGUGCUGGACAACCUCGACACGAUCAAGGGUUCAGCCCAGCAUGUCCGUGUCUGGUGGUACCCCGAGGGCGGCAUGGUUGUCGCCCGCGCGAACCGAACGUACGAGCCCGCCCAGCCCGUCAAGAGCUGGUGGGGCGAGUUCCUCGGCUUCCACGUCACGCAGUUCCUCCUCUUCGUCAGCCGCUACGUACGGAGUUUCACGCCGUACGUCGGCAAGUGGGCUUGGAACCUCGCCAAGGCGGGCGGUACGACUAUCGACGAGGGAUAUCGUGUCUUCAACUUUGACUGCCUCGUGAGUUUACCGCAUCUGUCCGCAGCUUCAACGGUCCUUUCGCAAGCAAAAGCUGACAGCCAGUUCCCUCAGUACACGUCUGAGUACGCUCUGCCUUCGUCCGCCGCCGUGCCCGUCCUCAAGGCGCUGCGCGAGUACCUUGCCGACAUGCGCAGGGACGGACUGUACCCGCACUUCCCUGUCGAGAUCCGCUGGUCCGGCCCCGACGACAUUCCCAUGUCGCCCUCGUACGGGCGCGAGACGUGCUGGAUCGGUAUCGUCCAAUACAGGCCGUACGGCCUCGCGGUGCCGUAUCGCAAGUUCCAGGCGGGCUUCGCCAAGAUCUGCGCCGAGCACGGCGGACGGCCGCAUUGGGCCAAGGAGCACGAUCUUGGUCCCAAGGAGAUCGAGGCCAUGUACGAGAAGUCGGGACAGUGGAAGGAUGUUGUGAAGCGCGUCGACCCCGAGGGCGUCCUCCGCAACGAGUACAUCCGGAGACAUUUCGAGGGGGACGCCAUUCCCGCCAGGUUGUUCAAGAAGCGUCAGUAG